CUUUAACCCUACAAUCUCCCUCUCUCUCCUCUCUGAAGCAAAAACAAUGGCGGAUUUUGAAGAAGAAAACAACAGAAAUGACGGCAGUGACGCCGUGGAGAAGCCGCGGACAAGGCAUAAGGGGAAGCACGACAAGGAUAAGCCCUGGGAUGACCCCAGCAUCGAUCAUUGGAAAGUCGAUAAAUUUGAUCCAUCGUGGAACGAGGGCGGCAUGUUAGAAGUUAGCUCAUUUUCUACUCUCUUUCCUCAAUACAGAGAAAAAUAUUUGCAAGAGUGCUGGCCGAUAGUGAAAGGUGCAUUGAAAGAGCAUGGUGUUGCUUGUGAAUUAAAUUUGGUUGAGGGCUGUAUGACAGUUUCAACAACCAGGAAGACGAGGGACCCCUAUAUAAUCAUUAAGGCUAGAGAUCUCAUUAAGCUUUUAUCACGAAGUGUUCCUGCUCCUCAGGCAGUAAAGAUUCUUAAUGAUGAGAUGCAGUGCGACAUAAUCAAGAUUGGGAACUUGGUCCGCAAAAAGGAACAAUUUGUUAAAAGAAGGCAACACUUAGUGGGACCCAAUUCUUCUACCCUUAAGGCACUUGAAAUUUUAACUGGGUGCUAUAUUCUAGUUCAGGGGUCCACAGUUGCAGCAAUGGGUUCAUAUAAAGGUCUAAAACAAGUUAGGAAGGUUGUCGAAGAAUGUAUUAUGAAUAAAAUGCAUCCAGUAUACAACAUCAAGAUCCUAAUGAUGAGGAGAGAGCUUGCUAAAGAUCCUGCUCUUGCAAAUGAGAAUUGGGAAAGAUUUCUUCCGAAGUUUAAGAAGAAAAAUGUCAAACAGAAGAAAGUUAAGGCUAAAGAUAAGAAACCUUACACACCUUUCCCUCCACCACAACAACCUAGUAAGGUUGAUUUGCUACUGGAAAGUGGAGAGUAUUUCUUGAGUGAUCAGAAGAAGCAAGCUAAGAAGUGGCAGGAGAAGCAAGAGAAACAAGAAGCUAAAGUGGCUGAAACCAAAAGGAAACGAGAAGAGGCAUUUGUUCCUCCUGAGGAACCUAGCAAAGAAGUUCCAAAGCAUACCGAUGACAAUAAUGAUGUUGCUGCUCUUGCAUCUUCUCUGAAGAAAAAAGCCAAGGAUUUUAGCAAACAAAAAUCUGCUGAGAAGAUUGAUGCAGCGUCAUAUAUUGCAGCUCCUAGUGGCACAUCUGCUAAAAAGAAAUCGAAGCGUUCUUGAAGAUCUAGGAUUUGCUUCUAUUUUAUGUGAUAUUAUUGUGUUGUAGGUGAGCUAAUACUUAUUUUGCAAAUGCCUGUGUCCGUCCAGUGUAAUUGUAGUGCUCAAUAUCGCAAUGUUCUGGACCAUGACAGAAUUUUGAAUGUAUACUGACAUCAUACUUUCAUAUUGGAGCCUAUUUCGACUCUUAAAA